GUUUGAAGUAUAUUUAUUUGGAUCUAGGUCAAAUCAUUUCAUGAAACAGUUUUUGUGUUUGACACAACAUCCCAACUUCACUGCAAAUGAGGUUUGGCGUGAAAAGACCAAGUUGGGAAACAAAUGUCUCAAAACAGACAAGAUGUAAUAUGGCAAUGAUUUUGGCUUUUGCGUAUUCUGAAAGCGUUGCUGUGACUCAUACUAAACUUUGCACGCACGAGCAAGCACAGAUAAAAAGAUGCGUCUUUUCCGUUUUGCUUCUCUUUUGAGGUGCGUUUCACUACACAUGUGGUUUAGAAGAAGUGUGAGGGAGGGAGGAGUCCCAUUUUGGCAAAAAUUGGGAGCUGCUGUCGAAUUGAAAACAUCUGGAUGAAGGAGAAAUGCAGUGUGCGCUUGCCUGCGUCACGUGUGUGUGUUUUUGAGUGUGUGUGUGUGUGUGUGUGUGAGAGAGAAAAAGUUGGGAGUCCAGCCAAAGAUAUCAAUCAGAUUCCCAUCUGGUGACCACUAAACACAGCUGGAAAGACAUGAGGUCAUGCAGCCUUAGCACAAAUGAUACAAAAAGAAACACGUACAUAUACGCAAGUACACUCGGCACACGUGUGUGUCAUGAUUGUGCGAAAAAAUCAAUUUAAUUUGUGCUUAAUGCGCUCUGGAGUCAAUUGACUCGUGAGCGGUCAUGGUUGUCAGCUAGAAUAAGAUCCAGCUCCACUGCUGCGACCUUGAACAGGAUCACAAAAUGGAGGAACGUUAGGAAUGAGAUUUCAAAUCAUCUUUAUUUAUGUCGUCUAGUGUGUGGGUUGUUUUUUGGGCAAUUGUGAGGCCCGUGAGUUUAGGUAAAGAGACUUCAGAUUCUACAAAAUAUCACAUCCCUGUAGAAGUAGCGUGGACUAAUGUAUUGCAGAUGUCUGGACGGGAAAUUACUGUUUUUCUUUUGGCAUCACGCCACUGGUUUGUGUAGUCUACUCAAAGGUGCUGAUGGCUUUAUGACCGCAAUGUUCUCAUUUGGACCUUUUUAUUUAUUCAUGUUUCAUUGUACUGUACGUUCUUUUGCUGCUGCAGAAAAUCCUGCAUAUGGUUCUUGUUGACAGGGUGAGGUCACAACUAUGGAAAGUGGUUUACAAGUUGCAUGCUCAGUAACGUCUCCACCCCCCCGACUUUCACUACAACGUUGUUCCGAACUUCAUCGUUUUGCAUUGUGAUGCUCGGAAAAAUAAAUACGGGCCUCUUUGACUGCUAUGCCGUGGGUGCUUGUUACUGUUUCUGGAAAUAAAUGGCACAAGUUACAGCGUGUGUGCGCAUUGACGGUGUGUGUGUGUGUGUCCAUUCCUGGCACAGAGCGCAUAACUCACAUGCCAGGAAUGAGUAAUGCCACUCGAGCUGUUUUGCAGCCGUCGCGUAUCAGUAAUCCACAUUACACACGCGCCCGUGAGGUGAGAACGAGUGUAAAUUUAUACACACGCUUCCGGUACGCUAGAUAUUACCACAACUGCAGCAGUGAUGAUUAGAAGUGAUGUGUCUGCAUGUGUAUAUAUAUUUGAAUGUGCACGCUGACCCUCAUGUGUAGUUCUGGGAGCUUUCUCAUCUCUUCACGCUGUAGAUUUUAUGCUUACGUUAUGGACAUUAUCUGCCUUCAGUGUGGAGGAAGCGCAAUUUUACACCCUGUUGUAGCCAACAAGCCGCUUUCUGGGCCACCCGGACACACCAGGGAGCACGUGACGCCGGAGAUGAACAAGCUUCGUCAGAGCCUGAGGAGGAAGAAGCCCACCUAUGUACCCGAGGCCAGCAGACCGCAUCAGUGGCAGGCAGACGAGGAGGCUGUACGCAGGGGCAAAUGUAACUUCUCUGUACGGUACCUGGGCUUGGUGGAAGUGGAGGAGUCUAGAGGGAUGCAUGUGUGCGAGGAGGCGGUGAAAAAGCUUAAAAUUAGCGGGAAGAAGACAGUAAAGGCAGUAUUGUGGGUUUCCGCCGACGGACUCAGGGUGGUUGAUGAUAAGACAAAGGACCUGAUUGUGGACCAGACUAUCGAGAAAGUCUCCUUCUGUGCCCCGGAUCGAAAUUAUGACAAGGCAUUCUCCUACAUCUGCAGAGACGGCACCACCAGACGUUGGAUGUGCCACUGCUUCAUGGCUCUCAAAGACUCGGGGGAGAGACUUAGCCAUGCAGUCGGCUGUGCCUUUGCUGCCUGUUUGGAGAGGAAACAGCGACGGGAAAAAGAGUGCGGCGUGACGGCAUCUUUUGAUGCUAGCCGCACCUCAUUCGUACGCGAGGGCUCCUUCCGCGCCAACUCUGGGUGCAGUGCCCACGGCAGCGGCAGUGAACGAGAUGACAAAAUGCCGGAGAAGAACAAAGACCAGCCCUCUGUUCACGCAGCCCUUCCCCCCGGAACAGCCUCCCCACCCGAGGGCGCGGCAGAACCCGGCGGACCUCACGCCAUCCCCCGCCGCCACGCACCCAUCGAGCAACUGGUGCGCCAAGGCUCAUUCCGGGGAUUUCCAGCUCUGAGCCAGAAGAACUCUCCCUUCAAGAGACAGCUGUCACUUCGCCUCAAUGACCUGCCAUCCACUCUGCAACGCAAGACCGACUUUGAAACCAAGAAUCCCGUACUAGAGGUGGACAUGAAUUUGUCCGGCGAGGGAGACAUUAAUGAGCUGUGUAGCCAGAUCAACACCUCCUUCACAAAGCCAUCCGAGGACCCUUUCUCCAACCAUUGCCCACCUGCGAAUGCUCUGCCAACCUGCGUCGUGCCUCCAGCCUUGCCUCCUCCUCCAGCGCCGAUACAGGCCACAUCAUCUUGGGUUCAGCCAGAUCCUCCUCUCCACUCUCCUUCAGCAUCCACGGCAUUGCAGAGCGGACAUAAACGCACACCCUCCGAGGCGGAGCGAUGGCUAGAAGAGGUCUCCAAGGCAGUCAGGUCCCAGCAGACACCCCCACCGGGUCCUACCAUCCCCACUAUUCCGGGGCCACCGUCUGUAUCGAGUCAGCAGAUAACGAGUCUGGCCCCGGUGUCGCUCGGUACCAUGUCCAAACCGCUCAUCGCGGGCCCGUCUGCUCUCUCAGCUCAGCCCCUCCCACCAAUGUCCAUAUCAUCCGUCCCCCUCAUACCCGGCCCUCCAAUUUCAAGCCCCCCUAUGUCUUUGCCUUCCAUGUCCAUCCCCACCAUGUCCGGUCCCAGUAUGUCGGGAGCCCAGAUGAUUCAGCCCUCCCUCGCGGGGGGACCCCGAGGCUCCCUCCCAAGCAUCUUGCAGCCCUUUCCUUUGGCUUUCGACGCCACUUCGGCUCCUGUGGGCAUGUUCGCCGGUCAGCCCGUCCAACCGGCUUUUGUUCCCAUGCAAACCUACAUGCCGGGCUUGGCGAGCAGUAUGACUUAUCCAAAUGUCAGUGUACCCGUGGUCGGAAUCACGCCGUCGCAAAUGGUGGCCAAUGUCUUCUGCACGGCCACUGGGUCAUCUGGUACGGGAGGUGUCAUCGGCUCCGGAGUCGGAGGGCCUAAAGUGGGCUCGCUCGGAUUGGGCGGGACCCAACACCCUUACUCAGGAGUUCCCACUGGAGGCUUUUCCAUACCAUUCCCCUCCACCCCUCCACUUUCAACAGCCAUGAACGGUCUCCCCACCCACAGCGGCGCCUCCGCAGCCCUUCAGAACGGAAACGCUAACAAUGCUGGCAGCACGAGCAGCUGGCCGCCAGAAGGCAGCCAUCUGACUGCUCCCGUGACCAAUAAUUCCCAAGAUGAUGAGCGUUUUGAGGCCCAGUGGGCGGCACUUGAGAGCACCAAACCGUCAGCUCAGGCACCUGGGAACAAAAGCCCGGCGGCGGCCAACCCGUUUUCGAACAACCUGCAGAAGACUUUUGAGAUAGAGCUAUAAGGUGAGGAGAAAGCUCGGUGCUAAUUCCAGCAUCUCUGUCCUGAAACGCCGCGGCACCACAACGAUGUUGCUUUCUUGAAGCUCCAACAAGCGCUUUACACAUCUCCGGGCUGCCGCUGGGAACUUUUCACAUCUCAAACGGAUCAUGUGAUGAUCUAAAUCCUGCCACACCGCCUCGUUUCCGGCUCGUUCUGGCUUUCAUGUCUGCACUUCGGCUUUACUUUCUUUACCAGCUGCAAGUCCCUUCACACAUCGACUGUGUCACUUGGCGACACGCUCAGUUGCUUUCUUUCAGAGGUGACUCAGAUGCAUUCCAAUCCCACGGACUGAUUUUGGCAGUAUUUGUUGUGGUGAGAAAAUCCUUGUGAAGAACUGAAAUCAUUCUUGCUUUGACUGAUGAACAGAUUAAUGCUCUUGUUAAUCUUGAGAACCGAUUGUACGUACAGUGGAUAUAAAAUGUCUACACAGCCCUGCAAAACUUUUUAAACCUUUAUUCUGACCAUGACCUAAACAAUCUAAUUGAAAAAAUAUUUUUGAGAGUAGCAGUAGAAAGAAACAAAGAUAACAUAGAUGGACAUGUGCAGGGUUAAGGGUGUGCACACUUAUGCAACCACAGUAUUUUAGUUGUAUAUUACCUCCCUUCUCAAUUUUUUUUUUUUCAAUUAAGUCGUACAGAUUAUAGGUCAUGUUUUUAAAGUACUUAGUUCUUUUUUUCUAUCUCAAAUCUCAAAACUACAUUUGAACAGGGGUGUGUAGACUUUUUACAGCCACUGGACCUAAAAGCAGUGUUUUUCAACCUUUAUUGAGCCAAUGCACAUAUUUCACAUCGGAAAAAAAAAAUUGCGGCUCACCACUUAGAAAAAUAAUUCUCCAGAGGUACAGGUUAAUCACGUACCUUCAGACAUCUGGUGGAAGAGCAUUUUAUUAUUUUGCCGUGUUGGCAUCGAUAAGUUAACAAAAUAUAUGUCUACCUUAUUUUUGCGAGCUCUCGUGGAGAAACAAGAAUGUGCAUGAAUUCCCGUAGAAUGUGGCAAUUUCUUUCUUCAAUGUGCUCCUUUUUAUUUUGUGGGGAAGGAUCGCCGCAAUGAUUUGGAUUUUAUGUAGCGUUAGCGUUUUUUGUCAUUAAGCUUUAGUGAGCGCCUGUGACGAGGAAGAGGUUAUGCUCCAUAUUUUAAAUAUUAAUGCUGACCUUUUUAAUAUUAUCAGCUCAUGGAGCACAGGAAUAAGGUGGAUUAGAAAAUUAUACAAUUUUUGUCAAAAAUGAUUGACUUUGGAUUUUUUUUUUUUCUGGCACAACUGAUGAUCUCUCAUAGCACACUGGUUGAGAAUCACUGCAUUAGAUGACCCAUUGUGAUUUAUUGCCAAAAUGAUUUUAUUUAUUGUACUUUUUUUCUUUUUACAUUGACAACUUAUAUAUUCCUCAAAUCCAACAUGUUUAAGUGUUUCCUUAAGAUAUUUUUUAUCGCAUAUAUUUAUUUUUAUUGAACUCUUAAGAAGGACGAGGCAAACAAAUAGGACCACGCAGGUCAUCUAUAUUUGUUUAGGUAGCAAUCGAGAGUCAGGGCAUGUUACGGGAACCAAAUACUACCCAUGGAUGAAAUGGAUCAUGUUGCCUGGCACGUGUAUAUAGUGGCAUGAUACUCCCACCCAUACAGUGGGCACUUUUGCUUUCUUUCCAGACAAAUCAAUAGAACUUCACUUUUGUCUUUGGUGGACAUUUCUCUUGCUAAAAGGCAUUGAAGAAAUUCCUAAGCUGACACUUCAUAGUAGCCGUCCACCUUUUUCCAGAAAAGUCAAGCAACGGUGUUUAAUUAAAACAGAAGAUGGAGAACCGACAUGAUGAUGAAGAUGAGAGGGAACAAGUGAGUUUGGAAAAGUCAUCUUUCCCACAGAACAGACUGUCUGCCUCCUCCAUUUCCAAAUCUUGUUACUCCACUCUUCAAACUUGCAUCUUUUGAAGUAUUUAUUUUUCCAACUUUAGCGCACAGUAUUCCUUAUUUACAGUCUGAUAAGCAAGAUUUACCAAACAAGCAAGCCUCAAUGGGAGUUCAACUGUAUGAAGAGUUAGUGACAAUGUUCCGUGCUUGUUUUCAGUAGGAUUCAUUUAUAAAAUAUUUUUUAAUAAGGCAGUGUUGCUAUUUGAUAGGCUGCCGUCUAAAAAGAAAUUCCCAAUUAUCAGGUGAUUUGUUUUCUGACAAAUCUUAUCCCCCCCCCCCCCUCCACCUACCCAACAAAUACAAAUAUUUGAAACAAGAACCUAUUUUAUUGUUCACUGAAAAUAUAUUCUUUCACUGGACUUGUUUACACACCCUCUAAAUUAUAUGUAGGUUAUUGCAACAAAGCAAACUAAAUGACCUCAUGAACUUGAUUGUAAAACUAGUUUAGUGAUGGUAACAGAAAACAGUGAAGUUUAUUUUUAAUCUUUAUUUACAGACUUUUUUUGUAUUUAAACCAACAUAUUUGUAUUGUAAUUACAUUGUACAAAAGAUGAAUAAAGUAAUAUAAUACAAUA